CUCAGCCCUCUCUGUCCCUCUCGCACUCACCAACACCAUGCGUACCUGUCCGGAGCUCCUCCACCACCCCGUGCUGGAUUAUACCCGUGCGUCUGGCUGAUACCGACAACAUUCCACUGACUCGGAGAGGAUAUUACGCUAUUUUCUUUUACUUUUAAAACAAAAAAUGAAUUCUUCUUGUUGACUGGUGUUGAUCCAACCUGCGCAAAGCAGCGCGCAGCGGCAAAGGGUUUAGAAGAGGAGGCCGUGCCAUGAGAGUUGACUUUCCAGUCUGAGCCAAGAAGCCCCUUUGUGUUUGUGUCCUGUGAACUGGAGCCCGCCGUCCCACCAUGAGGAGCAGCUCUCGUGUCCUGCCUCUUGGUGUGCUCGCAGCUCUGCUACUGUCUCAGGUCUGCUCCGGCAUCAAAUGGCUGUCGAUAUCACACGCGCCUGCGGUCGUUGCAAUCAACCAGACCCAGCACUGCAAGCUGCUGCCCGGCCUGGUGUCCUCCCAAGCUCAGCUGUGCCGCAGCAACCUGGAGCUCAUGCAAACCAUCAUCACGGCUGCCCGCGAAGUCAGUAAAACCUGCCAGAAGACAUUUUCUGAUAUGCGCUGGAACUGCUCCUCCAUCGACAUCCCGGCCGACGCUCAGAAGUAUCGACCGGAUCUCGACCGAGGAACCAGAGAGUCUGCAUUCGUCUACGCCCUGUCCGCCGCGACCAUCAGCCACACCAUAGCGCGGGCGUGCACCUCCGGGGACCUGCGGUUGUGCUCGUGUGGUCCUAUUCCCUCGGAGAUCCCGGAACCCGGCUACCGCUGGGGCGGCUGCGCGGACAACCUGCACUACGGCUUGAUCAUGGGCUCCAAGUUCUCGGAUGCGCCCAUGAAGAUGAAGCGUGCGGGCUCACACGCCAAUAAGCUGAUGCACCUUCACAACAGUGAAGUUGGAAGACAGGCGUUGAGAGAUGCGCUGGUCAUGAAGUGUAAAUGUCACGGUGUGUCCGGCUCGUGCUCCAUAAGGACCUGCUGGAGAGGCCUGCAAGACCUGAAGGAGAUCGCCAUGGACCUGAAGACCAAGUACUUGUCGGCCACCAAAGUUGUCCACAGGCCCAUGGGGACGCGCAAGCAGCUGGUGCCCAAAGACAUUGACAUCAGGCCGGUGAGGGAUAACGAGCUGGUCUACCUGCAGAGCUCCUCCGACUUCUGCGCUAAGAAUGAAAAGCUCGGCUCUAUCGGCACCCAGGACAGGCAGUGCAACAAGACCUCCUUCGGCAACGACAACUGCGACAUGAUGUGCUGCGGCCGUGGCUACAACCCGUACACGGAGAAGCUGGUGGAGCGCUGCCACUGCAAGUACCACUGGUGCUGCUACGUCACCUGCAAGAAGUGUGAGCGGAUUGUGGAGAGAUACGUCUGCAAAUGAGUCGGUGGUUCAGACCGGCGCCCGCCAGCGGCCCUCUACCUGUACCCGAGGCUGCAGAUUAACCAAAGCACUACAAUACGGAGAAGGCUUACUUUUGUUUUAAGCUUUAGCAUGUUUAACUUCAACGAGACCGGCUCUAUUCUUGUGUCAGUAUCAUUUUUUGUAUUGAAUCUCCAAAAUGCAGAGUGGUCUUCUGGGCUCUUUCUCCGCCACACGAAACCUGGACGCGAAGAACACGGCAACCGGGCCAGUUUACCUGAAGACCUCUUGGGUGUUUUCUUUUCUUUGUUAAUGAUUAUAAAUCCCCCUAACAGGGAUAUCUAAAGUCUAUUUUAUUAUAUCUAAGAAAUAAAUAAUAUAGGAUUUUAUGCUGGAGGGGGAGAUUUUUGUCUUUGCACCUCACUACACAGAGACUCGCGUGUUUCAUUCCACGGAAAUCGAAGCAUUCUGAUGGAUCCGCAUAGUACUUUUUAUUUUUAAAGGUACCAUUAAAACUUUUUCUCCUCUGCGGCGAUGGACAAUAGGGGGAGAAAAGGAACACAAAAGGGAACUUCAGAGUACUUUUCAAUCAUGGAACAUUUUUGUGGUUGACGGUUUGGACUCUCGCCGUGUGUCUUGUGCAGAUCUAUACACGCCUGCAUCCCUGUGGACCGACAGACGACUAUUGAGGACUUUGUAAAAUGCUGCAUCAUCUCCUCCUUGCCUGUCAUGCAGUUCAAAAUAUAUUCUAUUUUUCAGAGCGUAUGAGCUGAACUGAUGGAUUUUGUAAACCACUGUUGUGUGGGUGUACAUACUGUUAUUUUGUAUACUGAAAUAAAGAAAGAAUUAUUUAUAAAAUAAUUAAA